AUUCUACGCAGGUAAAAGAGGGGCGAAACCACUCGAUUAGUACAUUGGGGCGAAACCACUCGAUUGUAAGCCAAUCUUCUACAUGUGUUACCUGCAUUGAAAUGGGGACGAAACCACUUGGUGCGUAUCCACUAGGUGCGAAUAAGUAAUCGGGACGAAACCACCCGUUACCGUAUAAAACGACCUCUGGCGGAAGUUUGGUCGAACCUGGGAACCUGUGUAUUCACCAUCCAUGUAGCUGACUGUUGAGUACAAAAAUAAUAAUAUAAUUCAACAGACAGAAUGUCGGACAGCGAGGAUGAAGGGAGUGUUUACUCAGAUGCAGGAAGUGGACAAAAUGAAGGAGGAAGUGAUAAUGAAGAUGGCAAAAGUAAUGCAGGCAGUGAUGUUGGUAGCGAUGUAGGCAGUGAACAAGGCAGUGAGGAGGGAUCUCCCGUCAGACAAAGGGAGCGGGGACGCAGUGUGGAUGACAUCAUAGACGAUGAAGAGGAAGAUGAUUAUGAUGAUGAAGAGUUUGAGGACUUUGAAGAAACUGGAAGGAAGAAGAAGAAGCCUAGACAUGCUGGAUAUAUUCUAGAUGAAGCUGAUGUUGAUGAGGAGGGAGAUGAAGAUGAAGAUGAAUGGGAGGAAGGAGCAGAAGACUUGAUAGACAAAGUCUCAUCCUAUGAAGGCCCCACAGCCAAGGAAAUUGAAAGUAACAGAAGACUGGGACAUCUGUUUAGUUCUCAGAGAGAAGAUGAAUUGGAGGAAUACUACAGAAACAAAUAUGGACAGACGUCAGUAGCUGCCCGAUUCGGUGAGGGAGAGGAAAUGUCAGACGAAAUUACACAGCAGGGGCUUCUGCCAGGCGUCAAGGAUCCAAACUUGUGGCUGGUGAAGUGUAGAAUUGGGGAGGAGAGAGCCACAGCUCUACAGCUGAUGAGGAAGUUUAUUGCUUACCAGUUUACGGAUGAGCCACUUCAAAUUAAAUCGGUGAUAUCUAAGGAGAGCUUGAAGGGCUACAUAUAUGUGGAGGCUUACAAACAGACCCAUGUUAAACAGGCCAUCGAGGGCAUAGGUAAUCUCCGAAUGGGACAGUGGGCACAGCAGAUGGUGCCUAUCAAAGAAAUGACAGAUGUUUUGAAAGUUGUGAAGGAAACUGCACAGUUGAAGCCCAGGCAGUGGGUUCGAUUGAAGAGAGGCAUCUUCAAAGAUGAUCUGGCACAGGUUGACUACUUUGAGCCAGCACAAAACAUAGUUCAUUUAAAGAUGAUUCCUCGUAUUGACUACUCGAAGAAGCGGGGUAUUCUGAGAGUCCAGGCUGAUGAAGCAGAAAAGAGGAAAAAGAAAAGGAGACCUCCCCAGAAACUCUUCGAUGUGGACGCCAUACGAGCCAUUGGUGGAGAAGUGACCAGCGAUGGAGAUUUCUUACUCUUUGAAAACAACCGCUACACUAGAAAGGGAUUUCUUUUCAAGAGUUUUGUUAUGUCAGCCAUUAUUGCAGAAGGAGUGAAACCGACUUUGGCAGAACUAGAGAAAUUUGAAGAUUCUCCAGAAGGAGCAGAAGUUGAAUUGGUACCAGAGAAGCAGCAAGGGGAGGUCAACCACAGCCUGAUUCCUGGUGAUGUGGUAGAGGUAGCGGAGGGUGAAUUGGUUCACCUCCAGGGUAAGGUCAUCAGUGUGGAUGGCAACAAAAUCACCAUGCUGCCAAAACAUGAGGACCUUCGGGAUCCUCUGGAGUUUAUGUCCCAUGAGUUGAAGAAACACUUCAAGAUGGGAGACCACGUAAAGGUUAUUGCUGGCAGAUAUGAAGGAGACACGGGGCUGAUUGUUCGUGUGGAGGAUAACCUUGUCGUUUUAUUCUCGGAUCUCACGAUGCACGAGAUGAAAGUUUUACCAAAAGAUCUGCAGUUAUGUACAGACAUGGCGACAGGAGUGGACUCUCUUGGACAGUAUCAGUUUGGAGACCUUGUCCAGAUUGAUCCACAAACAGUGGGUGUUAUUGUCAGACUAGAGAAGGAAAAUUUCCAGGUUCUGUCCAUGCACAACAAGAUUCUCAACUUAAAACCAGCAGCAGUUACCAGAAAGAGAGACACUAAAUACGCUGUAGCUUUAGAUUCAGAAAACAACAGCAUUCAGGUCAAGGACAUUAUUAAGGUCAUAGAUGGGCCUCAUUCGGGUCGUCAAGGAGAGAUCAAACACUUGUACAGAAGUUACUGUUUCCUGAUGUCUAGGACGAUGACAGAGAAUGGUGGUUACUUUGUGUGUAGGACUAGGCAUGUGGUGUUGGCUGGAGGAUCAAAGGGUGGGAACAGAGCCCAACUUGGAGUGACGGGAUUUGCUCCAAUGUCUCCCCGUUUAUCAAGCCCAGCUCAUCCUGGAGGAGGGGGUGUUGGUGGUGCUCCUGGAGGAGGGGGUGCAACACCAGGGAGGGGAAGAGGGGGAGGGGGAGGGGGACUUAGCAAGAGAGACAGAGAUCUUAUUGGAACCACAGUCAGGAUCAUCCAAGGGCCCUUCAAAGGUUACAUUGGAAUUGUCAAAGAUGCAACUGACUCUACAGCUCGUGUGGAACUUCACUCCAGCUGUAAGACUAUCUCAGUGGAUAGGAGUCGUCUCAGUCACCUCGUUGGUGGACGGACAGUGGGUUCAGCUACCACACCUGGUGGUCGCACUCCAAUGCACGGUUCACAGACGCCAAUGUAUGGAUCGCGAACGCCUAUGUAUGGCUCACAAACUCCUCUACACGACGGGAGCCGAACUCCAAACUAUGGCAGUAUGACCCCGCUACAUGAACCGGGAAGCAGAACCCCUGGACAAAGUGCCUGGGAUCCUACCAACCCCAACACACCUACCAGGAACAGUGACUUUGACUACCACUUUGAUGAUACCCCCUCCCCAGGGGAUUAUGGGGGAGCCACUCCCAACCCAGGCACACCUGGUUACCAAGACACUCCAAGUCCCAGGGGACCGUUCACACCACAAACCCCAGGAACCAGUUACUCACCAUACGCACAGCCUUCUCCUUCACCAGGAAGUUACUCAGGUAUGUACAGCCUUCUUCACCAGGAAGUUACUCAGGUAAGCACAGCCUUCACCAGGAAGUUACUUGGGUACGUACAGCCUUCUCCUUCACCAGGAAGUUACUCAGCUCCCAGUCCAGGCUUUGGGGGUGCUUCACCUAGUCCUUUGGGAUAUCAGCCCUCCCCCUCAAACACCACCCCUUCACCUCUGGGUUACAGUCCAAUGACCCCUGGUGGAGCUCCAUUCACUCCGGGAACAGGAAUGGACCAAAGUAUGGCCGACUGGCACACCACAGAAAUAGAGGUCAAGAUCAAAGAAACACAUGAUGACCACAAGUUGAUUCACCAGACAGGCAUAAUUCGCAGUGUGACAGGUGGAAUGUGUUCAUUAUUUAUACCAGAAGAGGACAAGGUUGUAAACAUUGCUUGUGAACACUUGGAACCGGUUCCACCAGAGAAAGGAGACAGAGCCAAGGUGAUUUUGGGAGAAGAGAGGGAAUUGAUGGGAACACUACUUAGUAUUGAUGGAACCGAGGGCGUGAUUAAAACGGACACAGGAGUCAUUAGAAUGUUACCCAUCAACUACCUGUGUAAGGCUGGGAACUGAUGAUGGAGAGUCUGUCGUACGUCAUUUGUGUAUAGCUUCACAGCAAACAGAAAGGGAGGCUCGGACAUUAAGGAGACUCGCAGAAUUUUUACUUGAUGAAUGUGAUGUUGGCAAUAAUGCUACAAGUAUUAAAGAGGAAGGGUUUUUUGUUUUUGUUUUUUUUUUUAAUUCUACAUGUCCAACAAUUGUUAUUUGGAGUUGACAAUAAUUGCAUGGUAUUUGUAGAUCAUAAUUUCAUAAGUGUAUAUGCUUUGUAUCAUAAAUGAAUCAUGAUAGCUGUUAAAGAUGCCAUAUUUGCAAUUCAUAUCAGUAGAUACUGAUUUUACAUGUAUGUUAAUUCCAGAUUUUCACCAUUUUGUCAAAUUUUGGAAACUGAUAAUAAAGCUCGAGACAUUU